CGAGGUGACGUCACGAAAGGACAAGUCGAUUUACCGCGAGGUCAUUCGGCCUCUCUGAGCAGCCGGUCGCAGCGAAACGGAGGCGCCAUCUUACGACACUGACAGACUCGGCCAGCAGACAGGACACCAUCAUGUACCCCACCGCUCUGACGCAGCUGGCUCGGGGCAACCCGUUCAGCGCUCCCCUGUUCAGCUACCAGAAAGUGGAAGAGCCCGCACAGAACCUCCACGGACAGCGGACCCGCAACCUGGCCGCGGCCGCCGUCUCUGAAGAGGGAGACAGUUGUGAGUUCGGCUCUCAGAAGUAUUUGGUCCUGUGUGGAUUUGGUGGGAUUCUGAGCUGUGGCACCACACACACAGCCGUCGUUCCUCUCGAUCUGGUCAAAUGCAGAAUGCAGGUCGACCCAGAUAAAUACAAGAGCAUCGGAAACGGCUUCUCAGUGACGGUGAGGGAAGAUGGCGUCAGAGGUCUCGCUAAGGGCUGGGCUCCCACCUUCAUCGGAUACUCCAUGCAGGGACUCUGCAAGUUCGGCUUCUAUGAGGUGUUCAAGAUCUUCUACAGCGACCUGCUGGGAGAGGAGAACACGUACCUGUGGAGGACAUCGUUGUACCUGGCCGCCUCAGCCAGCGCAGAGUUCUUCGCUGACAUCGCCCUGGCUCCCAUGGAGGCCGUGAAGGUCCGCAUCCAGACCAAGCCGGGCUACGCCAACACCCUCAGGCAGGCCGUCCCCAAGAUGUUCGCCGAGGAGGGCAUCUGGGCUUUCUACAAAGGCGUCGUCCCCCUGUGGAUGAGGCAGAUCCCUUACACCAUGAUGAAGUUCUCCUGCUUCGAGCGCACCGUGGAGCUGCUCUACAAGCACGUCGUUCCCAAACCCCGCAGCGAGUGCAGCAAAGGAGAGCAGCUGGUGGUCACCUUCGUGGCCGGUUAUAUCGCCGGUGUCUUCUGUGCCAUCGUGUCUCACCCCGCUGACUCCGUGGUCUCUGUGCUGAACAAGGAGAGUGGCAGCACAGCAGCCCAGGUCCUCAAGAAGCUGGGACCCAGAGGUGUGUGGAAGGGUCUGAUCGCCCGUAUCAUCAUGAUCGGUACUCUGACCGCCCUGCAAUGGUUCAUCUACGACUCUGUCAAGGUCUACUUCCGCCUGCCCCGCCCCCUUCCCCCCGAGAUGCCCGAGUCCCUGAAGAAGAAGCUCGGCCUCACUGAGUAAACCCCGCCCCCUUCUCUUACUCCUUCACUGAGUCCUGAGUCUCCACCUCCACCUCCGACCCCACCCCAGAGCUCCUCCACAGCGCACACAGCAGUUUUCUAUAUUUAUGUUGCCGGCUCGUCCUCCGAGCUGCUUCUACUCAUGUAUAUUUAAAACCAGCAAGGAGACGAUGGAACUGUCACUCAAGACAGAAAAGAUCCCUCUGUAGAAACUAAACGCCUGUCUGGUUUGAUCAUUUCCUGUCAUUAGAAAAUAAAAGACUUAAGAUCCCUGGGAAA